GCCAUGCCGCCGGCACUCAGUUAAAGCAGCGCAGAUUGUGGCGAUUUGAGUGAAAUUGUGUGUGCGUUUUUUGAAUGGACUAUCAGUUGAAAUUUUCAAUUACAAUGAAAAUCUACGCAAUCCUGUUUAUCUCGUUAAUCUUCUGCGUCGUGUGUUCGUCGGAAGAGACUUCGCCGACCGACGCUUCCAGCAACACUAGGAAGCACAGGUCCCUGGUCUCCGUGCUUAGAAUACCGACCUACCACUCAUUCAGACGCGUGCCGUCCCAUAAACCCAGAAUUCUCAACAGCACUCCCGCGAAGAUAAUCAACCAUCAUUAUUUCUGCGAUCACACCCAACAUUCACUCCCCAAUGUCGAUCACGGCAUCUCGUUUCUCCCUAUACCGAAUCAAGGAAGCUAUUACGAAAUUAAGUUGCAGCCGUCCGUAGAAGUGGCUUCCAUCGAUUUGGACACCAAUAAGCACCUGGAUAACUUCGAAGUCAAUCUCCCAGCCAUCACCACAGGGGGCUACAAGUUUGACAGCGAGGUUGUUACCCCUUUGAUGACAGGAACGAUACACGAAACGAAUUUACAUAAACAGAAAUACAACGUGAAUUUGGAUCAGUUGGUUCACUAUUUGUCGGAGAAUAAUGAGAUCAAAGUUGCCAAUUUCGGUAGUGCUGGUAGUGUUGGGGCCGGUGCGAGUUACGAGACCAACAAGCGCGGAGAAUUCUUGAACUUGCCAAACAUCCGCGACCAUCCGCUGGAACACGAGCCUGGCAGAUCGUCAUACAAUAGUCCAGGGGCGGUCAAUUCCUACGGGGAUCCAGUGCAUCAAACUUUCCAAUCGGGUUACAACGAUGACACGUUUAAUAGUUUCGAAAACUCUCCUUUCGGUAACAGCUUCGCCAGUGUUACUAACCUAAAGUCCAAUCAGGACGAUUUCCAAUCGCAAUGGGAUAAUCGCGAUAUUGUUAACCAUUUAAACCACAUCGAUAGGGUGGAAAGACAAGUGCACGAAAAAAGUAGGAAGGCGAGUAAGAAGAGGAAGCUUCAUAGUACGAAAGCAGAAGCGAGUACAAUUAAGUAUCCCAAUCACAGAUAUGAAUGAUAUGGUAGUGGUUAGUUAUAUUGUAUACAUAAACUUGGAGUCAAGAGUUUUCAUUUUGAACGGUAUUUGUGUAAUAUGUUUUUAAAUUUGUGUUAUGUUGAGUGUUGAGCUAGGGAAACAUAGAUUCAAGAGUUAACUGAAACGUAAAAAGUUGUAAAAGAGGCGUGGCCAAUAUUGUCCUAAAAAAUUUAUAACCUAGAUGAAAUCUCAAGUUUUUAAUGUCGUUGCUGUGUUUCUAUUUUAGAAGCGUACUAAAAGAGUUAAGUUUACUGAACUACAAUUAUUUAUUGUGAUUCUAGCAUUUCAAUUCCAUUUUUUGUGCAUUUCCAAAUCAAUAAAAACAAAACGCUUUUGAGCUAAAUGAAUUCUUUUGAAAUCCGGUUAUGCCACAUUUCCACUUGAUUAUGUUUGUAGGUUAAUGCCGGAUUUAUUAUUUUUUAUUGUCUUGUGCUAGACGGUAUAGCAAAAUGUCGUGUACUAUAUGUGUGUCAGUAUAUGUCUGACAUUUCCAAAUUACCUUGUAAUUCACAUAUACAGGAUUAUGCAUGCUACACGGUACGGAAUAUUGCGACCAAUAUGCAAGGUUUUGAGAUCGUUUUAUAUUUCGAAUGUGUAGAGAUUUUAUUGUGGUAACCUUUUAAAAUUGCUUCUAUACCACACUGGUAAUCUAAAAAAUUGUAAAGCUACCAAAGUUGUAUUUUUGUUUAGUGAAAUCCCUAUAUAUUAUGGUAUUUUUGGAUUCUACGACCAGAGUAAAUGUAUGUUUCAAUAUGUCAAAAUGUAAUACAAUUUUCAAUACAUAAAUAUAUGGAACCGAAAUCUACAGCAAGGAGUAUCGAUAGACUAUAUUUUAUCUUAACUUUUUAAUUACUUAUCGAAUGGCCGUAAUAGACGAAUGGUUAUUUUCUUGUGUUUACUCACAAGAUUAUCACAUCAAAUAAUAACGAAUUAGGAUUUCCACUUUAUUAAUAUUCCUUAACAUAAGUCUGCUCUAUUUCAGAAAUGUUUUUUCUACUACGCUUUUUAAGCUUACAAUUUACUGCUUCCUUCACUCGAAAACCUCUCUUUAAUUUUUUUUAAAAUUCACACAAGGAAAUUUUUCCAGACAAAAGAUUUCCCUCACUAAAUCAUCAAUUCUUCAUCACGUUUUUGUUUUCUUCAAAUUAUUGUAAUUUAGUUGUAGUUUACCUUCAAAAUAAUUACUGCCCUCAUAGUAAUAUUCUUAAGUUUUUUCGGGAUAAGUGUAAGUGUGGUGAAACUAAAUCUUGAAGUUUAAGUACCAUAAACCUUUGUUGUGUAUUUUGAUCGUAAUGGGCUUUGCUUAAAUGGGGUAACACUUUUGAGAUAACCUCUAUUGCAUAAAAGUAAUUUUAUAGCAGUAUUCACAUAUCCUAGAAAUAAAACUUUUUGAACAGUUUGUAUUAUGGCCACAUUUUCCGUAUGAAAAGGACUCUAACCAAACCAUAGAAACACAAAUCGCUAAUAUACCUUGACGCGAUGUAUCACCAUUUACUUGUGUAAUUCGUAUUAAAGCAAUACUUACAUUAUGUGAGUAAAGUAUUCGUUUCGAAACCCAUCAAUUUAAUGUUAAUUAGGGUUACAUUAAAUAUGAUGUUUAGUUAAAUAUUAUUUAUUUUAUGAUGUAUUUUGUUUUUCACUUAUUUAGCUUAGAAAUUUAUUUUUUGUAUAUUAAAAGUGUGUCAAUGUCUUGCCAUUAAAAUAUUUAGCGA